CAUCGACCAGGUUCCUUGACCAGGUUUGUCUGCAGUGCCACGUCCCACGUGACCGCACCGCCACCCGUCUCGACUCCUGCUCCCCGCCGCACACACCCGAACACAUACACACGCACACAUACACACACACCGCAUAUACAUACACAUACAGGAUGGCCAAAAAGUACGACGACCUUCUGUUCGGUGACCUCGACGCGGCCGCGGCAACGUCGGCCACCUCACCGGGCUCGCUCACCGACAUAGCCAACACGCUGGAGAGCGUGACCGCCAACGCGACCGGAGCGCCAAAGGCGGCGCCUGCUGCUGCGUCGGAAACGGAUGCACGUGCUACAGAGCUGGCUGCAGACGUGCCGGUUGUCUCGGAGGCCCGGCGCAAGAAGCGGAGACGGGCGCGGACUCUGACCAAGGCCGAAACCGAGCUGAAAGAGGCGCAGGCGCGUGGCACGCUGCUCGCGCCAAUCGAUGCCUCACUGCUGUACGAUAUCGGCCCAGCGUCCGCGAGCGAGGCCGCAAAUGCACAGGGUCUCUCGGCUUCGCUGUUUUCCAUGGCCCAGGCCGGCGUUCUCUGCGAUGCCACGCUGGUCGUGUCGGGCGUGGAUGAGCUCGAGGCAGCGACGCCCGAGACGCCGGUUGUCGAGCUCACCGUCCACCGCGCGGUGCUGGCCGCGGUCUCAACUGCCUUCCGCAGCGCGUUUGACAGCGAUGCCGGCGGCGCCGAUUGCCGGCUUCCGGUUGCCGGCUUUGACGUUGAGCUCUUUGCGGCCAUGAUCGAGUUUGUGUAUCUCGGCUGCGUGCGGGUCUUUGUCGAGGCACGCAGCGACGGCAAGCGGCCCGAGAGCGUGCUCAUCGACUUGCUGCGCAUUGGCAUGCGGUUCCGGAUUGUGCAGCUGGUUGCCGCCGUCGCUACCGAGACCAUCAAGCGUGUCUGUGUUUCCAACUGCGUUGAGCUCCUGCUGGCCGCGCGGUCGAUGCUGCUGGGUGACGACGAGGUGCCGGGCGCGCGCUACCUUUGCGCCCUCGCCAACGUCUGCCUCCACACCAUCCGCAUCAAUCUCGACGCCUUUGCCGGCAAGCAGCUCCUCCCGCUCUGCCUCGAGGACCUUGUCGCCAUCCUUGGCUCGUCGGACGUCUCGGUCUCGUCCGAAGCUGUUGUUGUUGACGUCGCCUUUGCGUGGAUGAAGGCGACCAAGAAGCGGUUCAAGCACAAGGACGUGGUCCUCAACCUCAUCCGCUACUACGCGCUGACCGAGGACGAGCUGUUGGCGACCCGCGGCAUGCUCAACAAGGCCAUGAACGCGUCGAUCAUCGAUGUUCAACUCGCUGCGGUGGCCGGCGGCGACAUGGCUGCGCCGCCGCGUCGCCACUACGUCCACGCCAAGACGUGCAUGCCGACCCACGAGCUGCGCGGCUCAGGCGCGCCGCUCUUCUGCGUCUCGCUCGCCGACAGUCGCAUCUUUGUCUCGGGCGCCGCCGACGGCACAGUCUCGGUCUGGUCGGUCAAAGGCUGGAAGCGGCUCAAGGUGAUGGAGGGACACAAGGGCCCGGUCCGCGGCGCCGUCGUCUGCGGUACGACCCUGUACUCAGUCUCACACGACCGCUCAAUCCGCGGCUGGGAUGUGGUGGCGUGGGAGCCGACAACCUCGCUGUUUUCAGCCCACCAGGCCCCCAUCUGGUCCGUCGCCGAGUACGAUCUUAUGCUUGUGACCGGCGACGCGUCUGGCGUUAUCAAGGUUUGGCAAGAGGACGACGGCGUCGACAUCUUCAACGGUGGCGUGACCGGUACCGGCCUCUCGCAGAUCGCCACCCUCAAGGACCAUACCGGCGGCAUCGUGGCCAUGGCCACCUCGGACGCCUCGCUGUACUCGGCCUCGGACGACGCCACGGUUCGCAUCUGGAACAUCAUGAACCAGACGUGCCUCAAGGUCCUCUCCAUCGGCUCGACGCCGCUUACCACCAUUGCGGCCUCGCCACUCAUGGUUGCCGCCGCCUACGUUGAUGGCUCGGUCCACGUCUGGCGCAAGAACAAGGCUGGGCCUGGCACGGCCAAGGACGACCCGGCCGGCACCGGCGGCGCCGCCUCGAUGCGCUCCUUUGACAUUGCUGCCUCGGACUCGGGACGCACCGUCCGCGCCCUCCUCUUUAUCGACGACCUCGAGACGGACACGCCCUCGCGUUACGUCCUCACCGGCGCCACAGACGGCGUCAUCAAGGUCUGGGACGUGUGUCCCGACUCGGGCCACCAGGCCGCACCGUCUUUCUCGGACGCCGAGCAGCACGUCGAUGCUGACGUCGACGCCAGUCGGUCCUCGGCCUCGACCACCGCUGAUCCCAACGAUGCAGACUCAAGCAAUGGUCCUGUGGAUGCAGUCCUUGUCCGCAUCCUCGACGUCCAUGCCCAGUCGGUCAACGGGCUCGUCGGCUCCGGCUCAGGCUUCUUCGUCUCAGCCUCGUCCGACGGCACCGCCCGUGUCUGGGAAUGAAUGAGUCACGACAGCA